GAAUUAAUCAAUGGACUUUCAAGAGGUCCCCCUUGGCAUAUGCAGCCUUCAAUUCCCUCCUUUUAUAACCUCCUUUUUCUCCUACCAAAUGUAUGGCAACUUCAGAAGAUAUCUUUUCUCUAGAAUUUAUUCAUCAAUUUCUUCUUGGAGACCUCAUCUCCAUUGAUGAACCUAAUUUCAGUGUUUCUUGUACUUCUUUUCUCCAACCCAUCGAAACCGAAUACCCAAUACCCAAAUCCGAACCUCAAUCUCCUCCUGUUUUACUGAUAAAACCUGAGAUAGAGGAGUUGGAGUCUCCAAAGGAACUUAGUUUGGAUUCAACUGAUUCGUACAGACCAAAAAUGGCAGAACUUGAAGAGAGGAAGCACUACAGGGGGGUCCGAAGAAGGCCAUGGGGCAAAUUUGCGGCGGAGAUCCGGGAUCCAGCUCGAAAGGGAAGCCGGGUAUGGCUAGGAACUUUUGAUACUGAUAUUGAUGCUGCAAAAGCUUAUGAUUGUGCUGCUUUCAAAAUGAGGGGUCGCAAAGCAAUCCUGAAUUUUCCAUUGGAGGCCGGAGAGGGUGGCCCUCCAGCAACAACUACCUGCAGGAAAAGGAAAAGAGACAAGGAAACGGAGUUACAGGAUUCCCAAGUCAUAUCCAAGAAAGUUAAGGAUUAACUUGGGAUAUUCUCAAGAACAACUAAAUAAACCCACCAUCUAUAAAUAUUUUCUUUUAUAUUUGCAGAGUUGCGGUGUCAGUAAAUAUAUUUUUAUGUUAAAAGAUUAUUAAAAAACCUUGUGAUCUUCAAACAUGAACAUUUACUAAACUGUCUUACAUCAAAUUAACGAAAUACUUAAGGAUACAUAGGCGAAAGGUGAAAAUCCAAUGAAAGAAGGGAAAAGUCCAGUAAUAUUGUACGGAGAGACAUGGUAAUGGAAUAAUAUAUGGUAUCAUGUAUCAAAAAUUUAA